AUGUCUACCGUCAACGAGAACCAUUUUCCUGAAUUGAUGAAGGUGAUCACCGAAGACCCUUCGGCAGCUGAACGACUGGACCUAGAAUGCCCUAUCUGUAUGCAAUCGAUAACAAUCAACAACAGCAACGAUCCCCCCGGUACUGACAGCCACGAUGCUGGUUGCGGACACCCGAACACCAAGGGAACACUCCUUCGCCUAUCUAAUGCCUGGCGUCUUGCUAUGUACAUCAGCGUCUUGGACAGCAAUCGUACGGACGAGUUUUGUGUUUCGUGCUACUUCGAUUUCAUCACCCACAGGCUUACAAUGAUUGCUUUUAAUGAAUUCGAUUUCUCCAACUUGGUCACAGGUCGUCGCGUCGUGAAGCUCUUCCUCAAGUGGGGGGAGAAGGUAUACAAAUCGUUGUCGUGUCCCAAAAACACGACGACAAUCAUGGAGCUACCGAUCCAGCCAAUCUUGAGAAACGCCAUUGAGAGAAUCAGACAAACCGUGGCCAGGAUGCUUGAUAUUCCCGCUGACAAGACGGCAGAACUCGAGUUUCACCUGACGCUCGUUGAACUCAACCCGACUCAAGGUCCAGAAGCCCUACUAGAUGAGCUUAGCUUUCUCAGCCAGAUAUCAGACAUGCAGGACGUGUCUAUGGCGCUUCAGAGGCCAGGGGCGAGUCGAGAAUCCAUCGCUAACGCAAACAUGUUGCGACUCUGCCAUGCAAUGUCAUCUGGGCACGAGCUAAAUGCCCAGGUGAGGAGCCAUAUCAGGUCAGGUCACCUUUAG